AUGGCUCACGAAUCUGUCUGGAACUCGCGCCCGCGCACCUAUGGCAAGGGCUCCCGCUCUUGCCGCGUCUGCACCCACCAGGCCGGUCUCAUCCGCAAGUACGGCCUCAACAUCUGCCGUCAAUGCUUCCGUGAGAAGGCUGCCGACAUCGGUUUCGUCAAGUACCGGUAA